AUGCCAUGUAUUAGAGCAGAGAGACAGUGGGAAGUCAGGCCCACGGUUAGAGUGCGCCGCGUCCGCCACUCCAAGACCCUGAUGUGGCAGAGAGUGAGGGGGCUGGCCCGGGCCUGUCAGCGCGGCGUGGGAUACUCCGUCAACUACAAUGACCAAGACAGGGAAGAACAGGAGAUAGUGUACCUUGAGCCCAUGGGAUCAGAGCGGAUGGAGAUGCGAAAGAGGCAGAUGUCGGUGCAGCAGGAGGCAGCACCGACAGAACAGGCCCAGACGGGACCCAGCCCACGAGCCUCCAACGCCUGCUGCUUCUGCUGGUGCUGCUGCUGUAGCUGCUCCUGGAAUGAAGACAGAGACGAUAGGAAUCCAAAAGUCUCCUUUGACGGCCAAGGGGGGGCCCCAGACUGUGAAGAGUGCCCUAAGCCGACGCUGGAGGAGGCGCGCUCCUGGGGCCAGUCCUUUGAUAAGCUGAUGUGUUGUCCAGCCGGCAGGAACGCCUUUAGACAGUUUCUGCGCACGGAGUUCAGCGAGGAGAAUAUGUUGUUCUGGUUAGCCUGCGAAGAGUUCUGCCAAGAGACCAAUAAAAGUGCGAUCGAAGAGAAAGCACGGAUCAUUUAUGAGGACUACAUCUCCAUUCUGUCUCCAAAAGAGGUGAGUUUAGACUCCCGAGUGCGUGAGACCAUCAACAAGGGCAUGCAGGAGCCCUCCUCUCACACGUUUGACGACGCGCAGCUGCAGAUCUACACGCUCAUGCAAAGAGACUCGUAUCCACGUUACAUGAACUCCACGGCCUACAAAAACCUGCUCAACACCCUGUCCGAGCAGUGCCCCGAGGCCUAG